AUGUCGAUGUCGAUGUCGAUGUCGAUGUCGUCGUCCUCCUCCGCCUCCUCGCCAGCUGCGAAAUCGUCUGCGCGUGCGCCUCCACCGACGUCGCCAGCGUUGCAAAACCGGGCCGCCGCCAUGGCGGCCUCCGCGCGCUCACCUUCGGCGCAGGCGGUGGCCGCCGCGAGCAUCUCCGCCACGUCCUCAUCGGCCGGCACGACACGACGAACGGCGCGGCGGGAGCGGCGGACGGUGUUUGCGGCGUCGGGGGAUGCGGGUGGGCCGCCCUGCGUGGUGCAGCGCGCCAGGCCGCAGACAACGUGGCCGGCGUUGAGUGGGCGCCGCAGCGCCCCACGGCAGCAGCGACGGUACAUCGCCGGCAGCGCCGCUCCUCCUCGCCUGUGCGGUUGUCUUCGCUCCUCUUGUCUCCCGCAGUGGGUCCUCGCACGGAGGGGAGGGGCGGGGGGAGUGCACCUUUACAAGGAAAGAAAAAAAAACUAA